CGGGCAGCCCACUCCACGAGUCCGCGAGAGGCUUUAUCUUUACCCACUUCUCCGCUCUCCCCCCACCUCUUCGUCUACACGUCCCACUCCAAACCCUAGCCUCCUCCUCUACCCCUCGCCGCCGCCGCCGCCGCCGCCGCGAGCACGCAGAAGCAGCCAUGUCCGGGAGGAAGAAGACGCGAGAGCCCAAGGAGGAGAACGUGACGCUCGGCCCCGCGGUCCGCGAGGGAGAGCACGUCUUCGGUGUCGCCCACAUCUUCGCCUCCUUCAACGACACCUUCAUCCACGUCACGGAUCUGUCAGGGAGGGAAACUCUCGUUCGCAUCACCGGUGGCAUGAAGGUUAAAGCUGACCGUGAUGAAUCAUCCCCAUAUGCAGCCAUGCUUGCAUCUCAGGAUGUUGCAGCACGAUGCAAGGAGCUUGGAAUCACUGCUCUGCACAUUAAGCUCCGUGCUACUGGUGGAAACAAGACAAAAACCCCAGGUCCUGGUGCUCAAUCUGCACUUAGAGCUCUUGCACGUUCUGGCAUGAAGAUUGGACGCAUUGAGGAUGUUACUCCAGUCCCAACUGACAGCACUCGCAGAAAGGGUGGUAGAAGAGGAAGGAGGCUGUAAUUUCUCUGUUACAAGGAUGGAACCAUACUGUUAUCGAUUCCUUGUUUGGCAACUUCUGUACUCUGUUGAUGAUGGUUAAGUCGGUCUUGUGGAUUUAUAGUUUUUGAGCUAUAUUGUGUUGGAUCGUUAGAAAAUGACCCUCUUGAAAUCAAAUGGUUGCUACUUAUCGUUACCUUAUAUUUGCCAUGGA